AUGCAGCCUUUGGCAGAGGACACAGGCACAAGCCUGGCUUCUGUGACCCUGUCCAGUGCCCUACAAGUAAGGGGCAAAGCUCUGUCUGAAGAAGAAAUCUGGUCACUCUUGUCUCUGGCUGCUGAGCGACUCCUGGAAGACCUUCGUGAUGAUUCCUCGGACUAUGUGAUCUGCCCCUGGUCAGCUUUGCUUUCUGUGACCGGAAGCCUUUCUUUCCAAGACCAUGUUUCUUAUAUAGAGGCUGCACCUUUCAAGGCCCCUGAACUGCUGCAAGGACACAGUGACAGUGAGCAGCCAGAUGCCUCUCAGAUGCACGUGUACUCGUUAGGAAUGACUCUCUACUGGUCAGCCGGGUUUCAUGUUCCGUCCAAUCAGCCUGUGCAGCUCCGAGAGCCCUUGCACUCUGUCCUGCUGACCAUGUGUGAAGACCAGCCUCGCAGGCGGCUGCCACUGCUGUCAAUUCUAGAAGCUUGCCGGGUUCAUCAGGAAGAAGUGGCAGUAGAUCCAGCCUCUGCCAGUCUCCAUGUCAGCCGGCUGGCCCGCCUGGUUCUAUACACCAUCACUAAGGUGGAGAGGAGUGUCAUGGAAGCACAUGCCUCUGUGCAUCAGGACAGAAGUCACCUGCUCAGGGACAGGCUGCAUCAGGAAAGCUGUGAGAGCCCAGCAGUACGGGAGGCCCUGGCAGGUCUGCAUCCCCGGAGAGUUUCAGAGAAAAGCACAGAGACUCCGAGCUCCUCAGAGCCAUGCCCCAAGACUUUAGCACACGGUCCCUGCAGCCUCUCUCUUAGCAGUGCUCUUCCAGUUGAAACUCCCCAGGACCUUCAGGAAGGCCAGCGGUUCAGCUCUGAAUCUGGAUCUGCUCUCUCUGUGACAGCAGAAAACUCUCUGUCUGCAACUCGAUCUCAAAGGAACUUUCUGAAAAGAAAGGGAAAGUUCUCCAGACCUGAGUUCAUCCUACUGGCGGGAGAGGCCCCAGUGACUCUGCAUCUGCCUGGAUCAAUUGUGACCAAAAGUGGGAAAUCCUAUUUGGCUCUCAGGGACCUCUGUGUGGUGCUGCUGAGUGGGCAGUGUCUGGAGGUGAAAUGUGAUGUCACAACGACAGUGGGAGCUGUCUUCAAUGCCAUCAUGUCUGUCACCAACCUUGAGGAGCCCGCCUACUUUGGACUGGCUUCCAUGAAAGGCAAAGAGUUCUUUUUCUUGGACCAUGAAACCAGAUUGGGCAAAGUAUCCCCCCAAGGCUGGAGUGAGCAGCCCCCGAAGGCCUCCUUGGAUACCUUCACACUCUUUCUGAGGAUCAAGUUCUUUGUCAGUCACUGUGAGCUGCUCCAACAGAGCCAGACAAGACAUCAAUUUUACCUGCAGCUUCGUAGAGACAUCCUGGCAAACAUGCUCUACUGCAAUGACGAGACAUUGCUGCGGCUGGGGGUCCUCGCCUUGCAGGCUGAGUUUGGCACUUACCCUGAGGAGCCAGUAGAGAACAGAGCCUAUUUUCGAGUUGAAGAUUACAUCCCAGCAAGUCUGAUUGAGAGAAUGACAGCCCUUCGGGUACAAGUCAAGAUCUCGGAGAUGCACCGACUCAGUCCUAUGCUCUGGGGAGAAGAUGCUGAGCUGGAGUUCUUGAGGGUCACACAGCAGCUCCCAGAAUAUGGUGUGCUGGUUCACCGAGUUCUCCCAGAGAAGACCAGGCCAGAAUGGGAGAUAGCCUUGGGGAUCUGCGCCAAGGGUAUCAUAGUAUAUGAAACGAAAAAUGACAGCAGAAUUGCAACUUUACGGUUUCAGUGGAGAGAAAUUGGGAAGAUUUCAGCUUAUCGAAAGAAGCUCACCAUCACAAGCAGCAUCACAGGAAAAAAGCACUCAUUUGUCACGGAUUCUGCCAACACUUGUAAAUAUUUACUGGGUCUCUGUUCUGCACAACACCAGUUUAAUGCUCAGACGAGCUCUCCACAAGUUGCAACUGACUAUGAUAAGUGUAUGCAAAUGGCCAAUUUGAAUCUUGCACAGCUGGCUCAGUCCAAGCCUCUCUCUUGGAUCCAGAGACUGUCAUGUAGAGAAAAGGCACUGUUUGAACCCAGGUUGAAGGACACCACAGAAGGCCUGCUGUGCACAUCACUGGAUAGCAUGCGAACUGGCAAGGAGACAGUGGCAGAAGGAAUGAGAAGCAGCCCCUGCAUUGGCCUGGAGCAGUUGGAGAGCACCUGUUUGAUCCAGAAGCCAAAGACUUGUGACCCCAUCUCUGGGCCACCUGCUCAGAAUGUGCACAUGGGGUCACAAAACAACAGCAAGAAGAGCUUUUCAGCUAAAGCCAGUCAAGAAAUAGUGCAAGUGACUCUGAGCCGGGAUGCAAGUCAUGGCUUUGGCUUUGUCAUUAAUGAGGGUGAAGAUGUAGGCAAAGAUUAUCCUGGCAUCUUUAUAUCUUCCAUUAUACCUGGGGGACCAGCUGAAAAAACCAGAAAGAUCAAACCAGGAGGGCAGAUACUAGCCUUGAAUCACAUCAGUCUGGAGGGUUUUACAUUCGACAUGGCUGUUAGAAUGAUUCAAAAUUCGUCAGACAACAUAGAAUUAAUCAUCUGUCAGUCGAAAGGUGUUUGUGAUAAUCUCUCAAACAAGGAGAAGGUUAGCACAGCCAACUCUGGGAUCUUCUCCACAGACAGCCUAAGCAGUAGGCACCAGGGAAGUUUUCUGUCACACACACAAGACGAUGAGAGAAACAGUGAAGAACUUGAAAUGGCUGGGACUCAGAGCUUAAUACCCAGGUUGGGACCUCAGCCCACCUUUCUGCCAUUAAAGGGUCCUGGUUCUUCUCCAGAACAUUCAGGAACUAAAGCCAGUGACAUCUACUUUGUGGAACUGGUAAAAGAAGAUGACACACUUGGAUUCAGUGUAACUGGUGGCAUCAACACAAGUGUGCCGUGUGGUGGUAUCUACGUGAAAUCCAUCGUUCCUGGAGGGCCGGCUGCCAAGGAAGGGCAGAUCCUGCGGGGUGACCGGCUCUUGCAGGUGGAUGGUGUGAGUCUGUGUGGCCUCACCCACAAGCAGGCCGUGCAGUGCCUCAAGGGCUCUGGACAGGUUGCAAGACUGGUCUUAGAGCGGAGAGGCCCCAGGACUACACAGCAGUGUCCUUCUGCUAAUGACAGGGUAGGAGAUGAAUACACGACUGUUUCCUUGGCAACAGCCUUGCCUGGCAGACCCCUGAGCUGUGUCUCAGCGACAGAUGGUCCUAAGUUUGAGGUCAAACUGAGAAAGAAUGCCAGUGGCCUGGGAUUCAGCUUUGUGCAGAUGGAAAGAGAAAGCUGUGGCCAUCUCAAGAACCAUCUUGUGAGAAUUAAGAAGCUCUUCCCAGGGCAGCCAGCUGAAGAGAAUGGGGCCAUCGCAGCUGGUGACAUCAUCCUGGCUGUGAACGGAAGGCCCACAGAAGGCCUCGUCUUCCAGGAAGUACUCCAUUUACUUCGGGGGACCUCACAGGAAGUCACACUGCUCCUCUGCCGACCCCCUCCAGGUGUACUGCCUGAGAUAGACCAGGGAUGGCAGACACCCGUGCUCUCAGCAGACAAAGAAUUCAACGGGGCACCAGGCACUGAUUCAGAGUGGAUCCCCAACCUGGCUCAAGAAGACAGCCAGGGGGGCAGCGCCAUCCCAGGCACAGGGGAGGGCCUGGGUCACAGGCCAGAGUCUUGCCGAGAGGCCACCAGAGAGGCACAAUGGGAUGGAGAUCUCGUAAGACCGUGGGCCACAUCUCUGAUGUCUGCCCAGGAUCCCCACCCUCACCUAUGCAGGUUUCAGCAAGAAAUAGAUGCGUUAGCAUUGGCUACCUCUUUGGAAAAGGAUAUGAGGCAAAACUGCUACUCGGUUUGUGACCUCAGAAGACUGGAAAGAUUUUCCUACGUGUCCUCUCUAACCAAACUUUCAACAGAUAGUUUCUGA